ACUCAGCUGUCGUUUGACCUUUGUGCCAGUUUGGUGCUCCAUCCCAGCCAUCACCACCAUCACCGCCACCGCGACCAUACACCAGCUCGGCUUCAAUAGCGCUUCUACAAAAGCAAACGCAGGACCAACAUUUCUGAACCUUUGGAGAACUUUCUCACUACCAGGACGGUUCUGUAGGGACAGGUUUCCGCACCUGUCAACUCCGCCUUAUAUCGGAAGUCCACUGGACUAUAGUGGGAAAACGAAUAUCAACAGUUCAACCGUGGAGCUGAGGACCAAUGGGGUUCCCCGACGCCGACGGAAUGGAAAGCGUCAGGUUGGUUGGUGAACCAGUGCGACCCACCCUUGGAAGACGCCGUACGAUGGUUCGCACGGACUCGGCACCAUGCGACAUCACCGACGACAAUGCUUCCCUCCUCACGAGGCUGGCCGCUCCUCCUGCAGCCGAUCAGGUGAAACGGUCAAAAACACCGCCGCACAUGCCGUCGCAUCGUCCUUCACUUAUAGCCACUGCGGAGAAUCGGAUACUUUUCUUUGGUACUGCGGCGACAGUUGAGGAGGGCAAGGAGGUGCAGUCGCCCGUCGACGCGUUGCUGGAGGGAACGCGCAGAAGUUUGACGGAGGUAGCGGAGGCGGCGAACGAUGAUGAUGAGGGCAGUGGGCGGGAUGAUGCGUCAUCCUAUAGUACAGCAUCGGAGGACCUCGAAGGCGCGAGGCAAGAUGCUGUAGAGCAACAAGGGGUGCCUCCCGCUACUCUGCAGGGUGAGAGUGGUCUGCCGGGCGUGGGGAGAGUGCAGCCGGAUGCAUCGUGGUCGAACCAAGGUGUUUCCCUGCUGCCGUCGACGGAUAGUGCACCGUUGGCCUCACAAAAGCCACAUCCGCUGUUACUGCAGCAAUCCAUGCUGUCGCCCGGCAUUGCGUCUACAAUGGAACAGGAAUUAUCGAGAUUGGACAUCCGCCGAUAUCUGCAGUGGAUUCUGUGCUUCGCUUUGGUCAAUUUCGACCUCGAGUUGGGCCAGGCAUUGGAAUGCGUAUACCCACAUGUUGGCUUUUCAGAAGCGGAGAAGAAGAAUAUAUCAUUCUCCGCGUUCCCGGACUCAAACUCAUCGGCGCAUCUGGGCGACAACACCUUUUCAUUUCGGAUGCGAAGUGAGAGUUUCACCACCAAUUUGUAUCGAAGGCAGUCGCUUUCAGCCACCUCGGCCUUGAACCCGGUGACUCCGACCAGCGGCGGAUAUGUACAACACAAGGUGGCGACCACCUCCACUCUGGCGGUAGGCCCCAACCUACCUGUAGAUACCGACGGAUUCACCUAUGGAUAUGUCUUUUUCCGGCAACAACGUGAUGCCCAGAUACGGCGAGGCUACUUCCAGGUUGGUGAAGGAAGCCGGGAUAUAAAAUCCUUAGUCGUGCUGUCGCCUCAUCCGUGGCCAGGUCUCUUCUUGAACCUUGUUGCGCGGCUAGGACCAGUGUACAUGGAUGCUCUUAUAGAAGAUAGAACUGCAGGCGCGUCUUCGGACCUGUCUGCGAAGUACACCGCUUCGAGGGCUAUCCUGGAAACGGCCUGUUAUAACGUGGCAUCAUGGCCAGCUCCACCUUCGUCCUUGGACUCGGAGACUUCAUACAUCCCCAUCAACCUCACCCUUCCCUUCCUGGGACAAGCCUUACAAUUCUCAUUCCCACCCAAUCCCUGCUUCGCUCAGUUAUUUGAAACGCAGCGAACUUCCCUGAAGCCGCAGGAUCAAUCAUUGAGCCCACCAAACUCGGACGUCCCGAUUGUAUGCACACCUGGCCGCUUCUACGAGCUCUUUUCUGGGUCUUUGGAGCUGCUGUGGAUCAGCUGGGAGCUCAUGGUGAUUGGGCAGUCGUUACUCGUCAUUGCCGAGAGCCCGGGGGCUUGCAGUAGCAUCGCAUGGGCUUUGGUGGAACUUAUCAAACCAAUACCUUUCGGCGGGGACUUCCGUCCAUAUUUCACAAUCCAAGAUUCUGAUUUCAGGAGCAUCGUGAAUCGGCAACGGCUACCUACGAUAGCAACCGUCAUAGGCGUUACGAAUCCAGUGUUUACGAAGGUGUUGGAACACUGGCCAAACGUGGUCAGAGCAGCUGCUCAUUCUCAUCCGCCACAAGGAGAUGCACCUCAUGCAUCAAAGCCGUAUCAUAUCCGAAAAGCGGGGACGAGCGCUGGGAGUCCGGCACCGCGGGGCACGCUAUCAAGUUCUAUGCAAAGACAUCCACCACCCACAUUCUUCUCACCGAUGCAAAAACCCAGCAUCUUUCCGUUCGGGAAUACAGGAUCCCCAAGUCCCACCCACCUGGAAGCCGACAGUUCCCAGAAACGCCGAGAACGAACGAUAUCAGCCGCAUGUGAUGGCGGACAACAAAUGGGGGCAGGUGCCGGGGCCACCGUCGAGAGCAUCACAUGCAAACACAAACCGUUUCUGAGUAAGGACCGCAAGCUGCUGAAAGAGGUGGUGGAGGCUGCCAUCCGGGGCAAGCCCGUCCACCUGUUGAACAACAUGCUACGACGGCAUUUCAUCGAGCUUACCGAGCGGUUUAUCCAACCGCUCAACCGGCACUUUGAAUCGCUGAUCGUGGGCAACCCACUGCAAAUGAAUUUGACGAAUAUCCGCAGCCGGCCCGAAAUCAGACCUUUUAAGCAGGAGAGUUUCCUGCGGGCAAUCGAGCAAUGUGCGCCGAAUCUCCCCGUCACGCCAAAGCGACCCAUCGCCGACCUCUACCGGAGCUUCCUCCUUUCCCCGAACUUUGCCGCCUGGCUUCAACACCGCACCUCCGAUGUGUUUAGAGACUGGAGGCGGCGCUACCUGGAAGUUCUUUGCAACGAGGACGUGGAGACGUGGGCACGGUCAAAGCUGCAGAAAGCUGCAACGAGGGGUGGACUGAGUGGCCGAAGAGGGAGCGGCGGGGAUGUUGAAUGUGUGGAUCUGCUGCUUCGGAUACGAGAUGAGGUGGUGAAGUACGCGCCUUACUUUCCGGAGCAAGAUCUCGAAUUUGGUGGUAGUGAGGGGACCGGCGCAAGGAGGACGAAGAGAUUGAGUCCUGAAGCAUCAAUGCCAGCAACAACAUCGACCACGUCGCUUCCCGCAUCCAACUCCAUCCCGUCAGUCUCCACCAAGCGCCGUGGUCCAGCCCACAUCGACCUCUCCGCACGAUCAGACGGCUGGGCAUCCAGCAUAUGCGCCGCGGCGCCCUCCCCACAAUCACCCGGCCCCGUCGACGUGAUGGGCGGAGUAGUCCCCACCCCAGCACAGUACACGAAUCUCAAGAAGCAAAUGGAGCGGCUGAUAGGCAUUUUACCAGAGGAGCUCCGGGGGAGUAUAGUGGGGAAGGGGCGGGAAGCGAGGGACAGUAGAGAUUUUGUAACAUGAGAGAAUGAUACCUUUAGAGUUCUGUGCCGUAUCACUCGCUUGGGCUGAAGUUUCUUGAAUGUGGGGUGAACAUGAAGGUGUCGACGCAUUGUCU